CAUACAUACAUACUAUCAACGAUGGACUAUACUGCUACCAGUAUUCUCACUACUCCCGGUUUUCUCAACUUCGUUAACUUCUUCAUCCUCUACAUCAUUUUCCUCGUCAUCCCUACCAUCCUUUUCUAUUUCAGCAUUACUGCAUUGUACUCUCCCCGCCGUCUCCAAGAACAAGAACAAGAACAAGAACAAGAACAAGAACAAGAAAAAUCAAAAUGAGUUCCUGGGGUCGAGGUCUCUUGCAGUCAGAAGAUGAUGAUGCCAUUGCCGCAGACCUCGCUGACAUGUUAGGCUGCAAGCUCCUCUAUGUGCAGAAGGAAGAAGUAGCUGAAAUAGUGCAACGCCUCAAUGAUGGUCUGCUAUCCCAAAAGUUUGACAAAAUCCUCUCUGCCAACUUCAAACCAGCCACCAGUUACCACAAGCGAGAGCGUAUAGUCGUCAUCCUUGGUAUGCUCGCCAUGCAACUCGGUGCUAAGAUUGAGAGCCGUCACCUGACUGCACUUCGAGUUCUUCGUCCCUGGCUUCACAACUUAGAGCAGCAACUACAGCUAGCAACCGCCCUUCAGGAGUAUAAAAACGAUGGAACUCCCUGGAUGUUGGGCAGCAAGGAUAGUAGGACCACGGAUGCUUCGAGAUUCGUCGGAAAGACCGAGUACGACCUUGGCGACGAAUUUUGGUUCAGUGGUUUAGGGCACUCCAGUGACGAAGACCCUACCUCCGAGAUGAUUAGCAAGGCUUGUCUAAACUGUGGGGAGAAGGGCCCCAACCUUCGUCGCUGCGCAAAAUGUAAGAUGGCCCGUUACUGUAAUUCCAUCUGCCAACGUGUAGACUGGUCAGUUCAUAGAAUGAUUUGUCAACGCCGACCUAGUGUUCGCACCUGCCCAGCUCCUACCCUGAAAAAUAUUCAUAAGGUCCCAGAUUACCCUCUCAAAGUGGAGUAACCCUUGUAUGGUCAAAGCCUCCAACUCCUUCACGAAUACUCGGCAGGGUAGGCUCAAGGGUAGCGUAUAAUGCGGUUGAUUUCCAAACAUAUUGCUGAGCAUCAAGAGAAGUUUCACGACACAGCUUUAAGGAGCUUGCUAACCUAGUAAGCUACCCGGGUAUCUGCAAUCUCUUCAUACUGGUAGAUAGUAGGUACAUCAAUAGCCUUAAAGAUGCUACCUACAUAUAGGAAGAUUAUCUAGUCCCAUAAGAAUCUUAUGAAGCAUGAUCCUACUUACUACUUCCUAGAAUCAUGUGGGUGUAUAUCUUAGAGAUAAGACACUGCCUUGGA